AUGCAGGAGGAGGCGGAGGUCGACAAGAAGACAAAGGAGACGGAGUUUGGAGAGAAAGUUUCCUCCCUGGCUCAGGGCAUUGACAACGUCUCCCGCGUGUUCUUCCCCAUCUGCUUCCUCCUCUUCAACCUCCUCUACUGGUCCAUCCUGCUGCUGGUGCUCAACGAGGAGGGUCCCGUCGUUGUGAACUGCAGCAUCUUUGUGGAACACUUCAGCUCGGUGGAAGAGACUACCAUGGACUACGAGGUGACCAUCUUCGUCAGGCAGCAAUGGAGCGACCGGCGGCUGUCCAACCACUCCGAGCAGGAGACCGUGGACUUGGACUACCCCUCCAUGGCGACAGUGUGGAGGCCCGACCUGUUCUUCGCCAACGAGAAGAGUGGCCGCUUCCACACCAUCACCACGGAAAACCGGAUGAUGCGCCUCUACCGAAACGGGGACAUCUUCCACUCCAUCAGGCUCACUCUGACUCUCUCCUGCCCCAUGGAUCUGCGCAACUUCCCCAUGGACACUCAGGCUUGCUACAUCUUCCUGGAGAGCUAUGGCUACACCACAGCCGACCUCCUGUUCCAGUGGCUCCCAGCGCACGCGGUGGAGCUCGCCGACGACCUGAGCCUGCCCCAGUUCACCCUCAGCAGCGACAUCAAGCUCAGCACGUGCAACAAAUACUACGUCAAAGGGAACUACUCCUGCAUCGGCGCCCGCUUCCUGCUCCGCAGGGAGAUGGGUUUCUACCUCAUCCAGCUCUACACGCCCAGCGUGCUCAUCGUCAUCAUCUCCUGGAUGUCCUUCUGGAUCGACAUGUCCCUGACACCGGCGCGCGUGGGUCUGGGCAUCACCACGGUGCUCACCAUGACCACGCAGAGCACGGGGUCACGCUCCUCCAUGCCCAAGCUCUCCUACAUCAACGCCAUGGACGUGUGGAUGACCGCGUGCCUCAUCUUCGUCUUCGCCGCCCUCUUCGAGUUCGUGCUGGUCAUCAUGACGUCAGGGACCUUCAGCAUCUUCAACCAGCACGCUCCGCCCUCCUACCAGGUACACCCCCCACGUGAUCAAAAUCAUCGUCUUCAUCAUCGUCGUGGGCGUGCUGGCGAGGAGCCGUCCUGCGAGGAGGCGAUGCGGCGUGCCCGCGCCAUUGACAAGGGCUCCCGCCUCCUCUUCCCCAUCGCCUUCAUGCUCUUCAAUACCAUCUACUGGGUUGUCUACCUCGCCGUCAUUAGCCCAUAG